AGGAGAGAGAUUGAGGUGCGUGGCCACCAAUGGGAGCGCAGGGCUGGGAGGCAGGCACCCAAUCGAGGGAGGGGAGAUGCAUUCGAGCGCGCGGCAGGAGCCGGCUGCGAGAAGAUGGCGGUGCGGCGGCGACUGCAGCAGUUCUUCCAGGACCCUGAGAUCGACGGCGCCAUCAUGGUGGAGCGGCCGGCGGCGGCCCCCGCGGACAGUGCGCGGCAAGCGGCGGCGGAGGCGAACACCGGGGCGGCGGCGCUGCGGCGGCGCCGGCUGCGGCCUCAGGACUGCGCCGUGUUCCAGUGCCGGGGCUGCCACGCCGUGCUGAGCGACUCGCUGCACCUGUGCGCGCAGGAGGAGAGGCGCCUCCACGUACUCGCCUGCUUCAAAGUUACAGAAGAUGUUGUUCUAGAAGAUUCAUUAAGAGUUGGUAUUGACGGGUCCCUCCUAGGAUGCACUUACAAUGCGUUGUAUUGUCGUUCAUGUGGAGUCAUCCUGGGCUUCAAUCUUUAUUCUAGCUCCAGUGACCUGGCUUAUCUGCGAGGCUUCUUUUGUCUCUUCAAAGACUGCAUCCUCUGUUACUACUUAACAACUAAAACCACAAUAGAUGGCUCGGAGAUGACCUUUCCUGCUUUGAACCUAAAGAAAAAACUGUCAAAACUGAAGGAACAACUUGUGAUUAUCCAUGUACGCCUAGAAAUCCUGAUAAGGAGACUAGAAGAACUGAAUUGGCAGAACAUGGCAGACAAGCAGGGAUGCUCAUCAAGGACAGCUUGCUUAAAGCCAGAGCGUGCGCGAAUCAAGUCAAACAAUUAAUGCCAUUUUACCGGACUGCUGGAGCCAUUUGUGUACUAGUGCAUGGUUAUUUCAUUGUAAUGAAGAAAACAGUCUGAAAUAUGCCUGUGAAUGUCAGGGAAAACUAUCGUGUUACUUAGUCCCUGUGCAGAAAGAACUGAUUCACUGGAUCUUGCGCAGUGAGAAACUCAUGGACUUGUGUCCAUGUAGAACUUCAAGCUUUUGAAAUACUACAGUUGAUACUGUGGUUCUUCCUGAGUCUUAGCCACAUCACAGAAAACAGCCUUUGAAAGCUGACUUUAGGGUCUUGAGACUGUUUGUUAGUUUAAAACAUGAACAGCUGGUCCUAUUCAAGAUCUGCUGUUAUAAAAUGUAUUUUGACAGGUGCCUAAAAUUCUAUACCACCUCUUCAUGUAGAUAAAUAGCUCAUAACA